AUGACUGUCAACACAACCGAGAGGCAUUUCUUCGAAAACAGUUCACAGACAACGAACCAUACAGUAUCGAGUAACUCCGACCAAGCUUGUGAAAUAACAGCCGACUCCGCUGUAGAGGUCACAGCUAAAGCACUGGCUUUUAUUUUCAUUUUCCUGGCUUCUUUUAUCGGAAAUAUCUUUAUUCUUGUGGUCAUUUACAAGAACAAGCAGCUACGAAGAUCCAUCAACUACUUCGUUUUCAACAUGGCUGUAUCUGACCUAGGGAUCCCUUUGACCCGCAUUACCGUGAUGAUCGUUGAGAUCAUUUCAGGAUCGAAAUCCUGGAAAGUUGAUCGUCCGUGGCUGCUGGGAAACAUUCUAUGCAAACUUGCCUACUUUCUCCCAGAUGUUUCUUUAGUGGUUUCCAUCGGUAGCCUUCUUUUGAUCUCGAUGGACAGGCUCAUCGCUGUCGUCUUUCCGCUGAAGGCCAAACUUAUCUCCUCAAAAGUACGAUUGAUCAGCAUUCUAAGUACGUGGUUUGUCGCCAUCGCCGUCCACGCACCUUAUUUCUACAGCUUCAAACUGAUUUCCUACGGAAAUGAAACGUAUUGUAUGUUGAAUUGGGGACCGGCAUUCGACCACAAGAAAACGCACAGAGUAUUUGUUACGGCAAUUUUCAUCACUUUCAUCCCCAUUCCCAUUUGUGUCCUGGCCGUUGUUUAUAGCAUUAUCACAUGGACAAUAAGAAAAAAGAACAAGAAAAGUAAAGAGCGAUUUUCUUGUCUCCAAAACCAUCGAGAUCAGCAGCUGAGGAAAAUUGUCAGAUUGGCAAUGGCCAUUAUGAUAUCCUUUGUUUCCUGCAUGACUCCCUUGAUUGUAAUUUUUCUGUGGAAUGCCAUAGAACAGCCAUCCUUUUGUGCACUUCAAAGAGUUUUCCCAUUUAUUAGUGUCUUUUUUCUGUAUUCGUGGAGUGCGUUAAAUCCCUGCAUUUGUUUUAUCUUUAGCAAGAACUAUCGCGACGGCCUUAAGCAAUGCUUUCAUUGCAAUGGCUAA